AUCUGAUCCGGGACCCGUCACUACCACGUUCUUCUCGCUUGUUCUUCAUUCUUCUUUUGAUACAACUCACAGUUCACGCAAUGAUCAUGCUACAGGUGUAGAGGGCGAGCGAAAGAGAACGUGAGAGAGAGGAGAACAGAGCGAAUAUGGACGAGCACAAGACAUCCGCAGGGCCUCUGUCAAAACCUGUGUCGAGAGACUCCCGCAGGCUCAACACAACUUCAUGGCUCUCUCUCAUUUUCGUCAUCACAUUCUCACUCUAUCUAAUCCACACGACGGCAUCAGGACCCGCCAGGCAUGUUCUCGGAUGGUUCACAAAUGAUGCACCUCCACCCAUGGCCUCCAGCCCCUACGAGGGUGAUCAAUACCUCUUGGGCGUGGGAAAGGCCGACAUCACGGGGCCGGUCGUCGAGGUGAACCUGAUGGGCUAUGCCGACCCCAAACAGCUCGGGACAGGCCUACGCCAACGCCUCUACUCGCGUGCUUUUAUAGUAGGUGACACCAAGAACCCCGCCGACCGCUUCGUCUACCUGGUGCUUGAUACCCAGUCAGGAGAUACGGCCGUGAGAUAUGGCAUCAUUUCUGGGCUCAGAGACCUGGGCCCCGAGUAUGAAGCCUAUCAGAACCACAACAUCGCUGUCACCGGCACACAUUCACACUCGGGCCCAGCCGGAUGGCUCAACUAUCUGCUGCCUCAGAUCACCAGCAAGGGAUUCGACCACCAGGGAUAUCGGGCGAUAGUUGAUGGUGCCGUGCGUUCCAUAGUCAGAGCCCACGAGUCCCUCCAGCCUGGCCACCUCAGCAUCGGCUCCACCAGGGUGGAGGGUGCCAACAUCAACAGGAGCUUGUUCGCCUAUCUGGCCAACCCGGAGGAGGAACGCGCCAGGUACAACAUCAGCAGCGAGGAUGAUGGCUCUGUGGAAAAGGACCUUACCCUGCUCAAGUUCCAACGUGCGUCCGACGGGAAGAAUAUCGGCGUCCUGACCUGGUUCCCCACCCAUGGCACAUCCAUGUAUGGCAACAACACAAUAAUCACUGGCGAUAACAAGGGAGUAGCUGCCUACCUCUUUGAGAAGAGCGCCGCAAAGGACCCCUCGGCUGCCGACGGGUUCGUCGCCGGCUUCUCGCAGGCAGACGUCGGCGACACCAGUCCCAACGUCCUGGGUGCAUACUGCGAGGAUGGCUCCGGGGAGACGUGCAGCUUCGAGAACAGCACCUGCCCGGGCGACGGGAGGAGCCAGAAGUGCCACGCCCGUGGCCCGCUGUACACGGCCGACGACACUGGCACCUCAUCCUGCUUCGAGAUCGGCCGGCGCCAGUUCGGGCCGGCAAAGUCCCUCUACGACGAGCUCAAUGCGGACCCCGUCCCCGUCCGAGGGCCCUGGGUCAAGUCCUUCCACACCUUCCACAACAUGUCAGACUUCACCUUCGAACUCCCCAACGGCACCUCGGUCUCGACCUGCCCCGCGGCCCUGGGCUGGUCCUUCGCAGCAGGCACGUCUGACGGCCCCGGCGCCUUCGACUUCACACAGCACGACGGCAACCCGUCCAACACGUCUCCCGUGUGGCGCGUGGUAUCCGGGUUCCUCAAGGAGCCCUCGGACGAGCAGCGCGCGUGCCAGGGCUCCAAGCCCAUCCUGCUCGACGUCGGCGAGGUGCACAAGCCCUACGCCUGGACCCCCAACGUCGUCGACGUCCAGGUCCUCCGCGUGGGCCAGCUGCUCAUCGUCGUCAGCCCGGGCGAGGCGACCACCAUGGCCGGGCGGCGGUGGAAGGAGGCCGUCAGGGCCGAGAGUGCGGCCAUCUUUGGCGGCGAGUCUGAGGGAAACGAACAACCGGACCCCGUCGUCGUGCUGGGGGGGCCGGCAAACAGCUACACGCACUACAUCGCCACGGAGCACGAGUACUCGGUCCAGCGGUACGAGGGCGCCUCGACGCUGUACGGGCCGCACACCCUCGCGGCCUACAUCAACGUGACGCUGGCGCACCUCCCCCUCCUGGGCGCCCGCGUCCCCCCGGGCUCGCUCCCGCGCCAGCCGCCCGCCGCCUUCCCGCCCGACAACACGAACCGCUCGCUCAGCUUCAUCGCGGGCGUCGUGCGCGACGGGGCGCCGCUGGGCCGCGCGUUCGGGGAGGUCAAGCAGGACGUGCGGCGGUUCUAUCGCGCCGGCGCCGACGUCUCGGCCGUGUUUGUCGGCGCGAACCCGCGCAACGACCUGAGGCUGGGGCGCACGUAUGCCGCCGUCGAGAAGCUCGUGCCGGCUGCCGGGGCCGGGCGGCGGGGGGGACACCAGGAGGGGGAGCUCUGGCGGACGGUCAGGGACGACAGCGACUGGGCGCUGGUGUUCCGCUGGAGGCGGACCAGCGAGCUGCUCGCCACGAGCGAGGUCGAGAUCACGUGGGAGACGGGCAGGGAGCCCGAGGGCGAGGGGCCUGAGCCUGGCGUGUAUCGGAUCCGGUACUAUGGUGACUGGAAGAGUCUUGGGGGUACCAUCACCCCGUUUGAGGGGGUCACGGGGGCUUUCACGUUGGUUUGAAGGGAUGGCCAAAGGGGGCGGCGGUUCAGGGCGUUUAUCUGCAUGCUGCAUAUACGAAGGCAACGGUCAUGAGUGGCAUGGUAACGAGUGUUCACAGCGGUCACGGGACGGGUUCAGCGGGUCAGACGGAGUCAAGACUGGUAGACACUCCAAUAGGGCAUUUUCAUACUCCUCAACUAGUUUCACACGUCUCGUCUGCCUUUAUUACUGCUUCUGAAUGUCUCUAGGGUGCAGGGCAGGGCAGGCCAAAGGGUCAAAAGGGCAAGAAGGCCCUCCGAAGAGUCAGAAAACCCUCCUCCGUCUGUCGCAGACCAUUGCUGAUUUUUG